GACCACGUGCAUGCUAACUAAGGGACUCGCUUCGCUCGCCCCAAUAAUACUUUUUAUGAUGCAUCGAUGGCAGAGAGAGAGAUACCGACACAGAGGGCACUCCUAUGACUUAAAUUUAAGCUGAGAAAUAGAUUUAAGCUGAGACAGCAGCCCAAGAAGAGCACAAUAACUGCUGCUGUGCAAGAGUUUUGGAGUAGACAUAACAAUAAACGCCCUCCUGGAUUAAACGCCCUCCUCUUUUAAAUGCCCCCUCUAAAGACUUUGAUCUGAAAUAAACGCCCUCCAUUUGAGAAGCCGUUGUGGAAAUGACUGGCUUUUGUUUUGUCUGAUUACAACCAUAUACCUUUUGAUCACCACAAUCAAAUAUCAUCAUCUGCACCUGAUUCACUGCUCUACAAUAUCUAUAACAAUGUAUAUUCUGCAACAGCCCAUAAUUAUAGAUCACAUGCUCAGAGUUCUCGUGAAUACAUGCUUUGUGCACACCUGUUAUAUAUGUAUUGUAGACUGUAGUGUCUGGAAAGUGUGGACAAAGAUUUCCUCUGGUCCACGAAAAACGGUCAAAGAACCAAUUUUUAACACCCUGACAGGAAGUGGAACCCAUCUUCCCCACGACAAAGAACUUAUAGAAGCAAAGAACUUGCCAAUACCACGAUUAAACAGCCAGUAUAAAAUUAUAGCAGGUUUACUACUCCCGGAUGAGAUAAUUAUAUGCAAACGGAUAUAUCAUGAAGAGAUUGGGAGCUGUAGUUUUUUACUGGUUGGCAUUAAUUCUUCGGAUAAAUGCAACCUUCCUGGUGAGUGAUGAGAGGCCAUGUCCAAUGGAGAGAGUCACGUUCACCUGUACUGCUCCUGGAGCUCUCCUUAGAUGGUCACCAUCUGAUGUUGCUUCAAAUAUUGAUGUUGACUCUGAGUUCACUCCCCUCAACAUGCCUGAGAUGCCAGUACCAGGUUACACUGUGACACUGACUGCUUUUGAUGAUACUGGUUUAACAUCCACCUUCUCAAGAGUAGCAGAGAACGGAGUUAUGGUGACUUGUCUGGACCCACCCAAUGACGUGAUUGGAUCAGCGACCGUUCAGUUGGCUGGUCCCCCUUCCUCCCCUCAAGGAUUCAGUCACUCUGUUGAGAGCAGGUCAGUCAAUGAAGUCAGUGUGACUGUUGGUUGGGACCCUCCUACUGAGACUGGUGGUAGAGAUGACCUCACCUACACAGUGACCGUCUUACCCCUGGCCCAGCUCUCUGCUAUUGUUCUCACAUCCACCUCUGCCACUGUGACUGCUCAAUACAAUGUGGACUACACUGUCAGUGUUGUGGCUACCAACUGUGCUGGGAACAGUACAACUGCUGAGUAUAACUUUAGGAUUGCUCCUCCAACGAGGUGCACAGUUCCACUAUCCCCACCAAAGAAUGGCACUAUCAGUGAUCAUUCAGCACCGGCUCUUCCAGCCACACAAGUGACUUUCCAGUGUGAUAAUGGACUGUUCCCUAAAGGGAUAAUGACUGCUGUCUGUCUAGCUACAGGAGAGUGGGACAAGAACCCGGGGGAGAUCGUCUGCAGAAAUGAAACUAUCUUCUGUGUCCUGCCUGCCCCUCCACUCAAUGGAACAUUACUCAACACCAACUCUCUGAACACUAACGUAAUUGAGGGCUCAAUUAUUACCUUCCGAUGUGAUCCUGGGUUCUCCUCACUGGUGGGUGCAGCAACUGUGACCACUUGCAAUAACUCUGGUCUCUGGGAUCCUGAUCCGGCUCUAUUGGAGUGUAUAUAUAUUUUUCCGCCAUCCACCCUACCCACCCUAUCCACUGAAGAAGCUGUUUCUGUUAGUGUAGUUGUCACGGCAGUUGUUUUCAUAGUCAUUGGAUUCCUCGCUGGACUCCUAGUGACACACAUUUGCUCUCGUAAGAAGGCAGUGUACUCCCCGGCAACUAAAGAAAAAGCUAACGUAAGACCCACUGUACCACCUGGUCCUUUAUAUGAGGAGGUAUUACCCAAAGAGGAAAUUGAACUGAACACUAAUCAGGCGUAUGGACCAGUAGGACUGUGAAACUUACAUGCAAGACUAUAGUGUGCAAACAUUGUAGCCACAGCAUUUAGCGCUAUUGUUUAUGCCAAAUUAUAGUGCCAAAUUAUAUGCUGCACUCGUACAAAUAUUUCCCUUGUUACCAAUAAA